AUUUCUAACAAAAAAAAUAUUUUUUAUUAAUAAUUAUUUUAUUUUUCUAUUUUAAUAAACAUUAUUAAUAUAAUCAAUUUAUACUUUCAACGAAUCAAUAAUACAAAUUAUAUUAUAAUGAAGUUUGUCUAAAUUUAUUAGAUUAAAUCAGAUUAAAAAAAUUAAUAUAUAUAUCGAGAAAAUAUAAAUAUUUUUACAAAUUACUAAUAUAUUUAAAUAAUAUAUUGAUUCUUUAUAAGUACUAUUUUUUAUAUUUUUUCUAUAUUUUUUCUUCUUAAUCCUAAUUUAUACAAAAAUUAUUUAAAAUUAAAAAUAAAAAGAAAACUAUUUUUAAUUUCAAAUCAAUAAUUCAUGUAAACAAUAUUAUUCUUCUUUUUUAUUUAAAACGCUACAUUUUUUUAUAUACAGAAUAUUGACAUAUUGAUAAGACAUUUUUGGAGGAUCAAUUUUAGAUAACAAAUACAAAAUUGAUAUAAAAAUAUUAAUUGAAAUUUAUUAAAUAAUAAAUAAUUUAAGUUUGCAAUCAUCAUGAAACAAGAUGAAAACAACGAAAUUGCAGUGUUAUCUAAUACAAACUUCAAUUAAUUAUAACUUAAUAAAGAGAUUUAAUUUAUGUAUAUCAACUUUUAUGUUUGUUUUAUCGUUAUUUGGUUUUUAUAAAAAGGUCCGCCAAAGAUAUAUCUAUAUUCCAUAAAUAUAUUAAUACUCUAUAUAAAGUAUUUUCGUAAAAGUUCGUAAAAAUAAAAAAUAUAAUUAUUUUAUUAAUUUAAUUAAAUAUUCUAUUCGAUUAAAAUAUUUAUUAUUCAUUAAAAAUUCAUAUUAUUUAAUAACACAAACUUAAUGAUCAUAUUAUUAAAAAAGAAAAUCUGUUUUAUUAUAUUAGUAUAAUAAAUAUCUCACAAAUGCCAAAAUAUUAAUAAUAAUAUUUUAAAUAUUUUAAAUUUAGUGUUAUUAUUUUAUGUUCAUGUCAAAAUAUUUAUAUCAUUUUAUUAAAUUGAACUGUAUUAUUGUUCUCAGAAUAGUAAUUGAAAUGCAUUACCAUGUAUUAAAAAUGUUUUAUUUAUGAUAUUCUAAUUCAAAUACAAUAAAUCUUAAUAAUUUUAACCUAAGUGUCUCUUCUUAUUAACAUUAUGGAUCAUUAGAAUUGUAAAUAACAUUAUAUAUAAGAUUUGAGCAUUAAAAUAUUGCUUAUUUUUGUAAUAAAAGUAUAAAGGAAUAGUAUACCUUUUCGAUUUAAAGUUUUUAAAUAUUAUAUACUAUAUUAUAACUGUAUAAAAAAAAAAUUUAAUCACAUAUAAACAUCUUAAAAUCAAUAUCAUUAAAAAAAGUUUAAAAAUGGAUAAAAUAAAAAUUGUGCAAUCUAAUAAUAAAGAGAAUUUAAAAAAUACUAGUGAUAGUCAAAUACAAAAGUUUUAUACUGGAAAAUAUAUAUUUUUUACAGGAUGCACUAGUAUUCUUGGAAGUAGUAUUUUAGAAAAAAUUCUAAUUUCGUGCACUGAAAUUAGCAAAAUUUAUAUUAUGAUUAAAUUAAAAAAUGAUAUAUUGAUAAAAGAACAAUUGAAAAAAUAUUUUCAAAAUGAGAUAUUUAAUACAGUACGUGAAUCGAAUCCGAAUUUUAUGGAAAAAGUCGUACCAAUUUAUGGUGACUUAAGCAAAGCCGAUUUAGGUCUAUCAUCAGAAGAUCGUCGAUGUUUGAUAGAAAAUGUGAAUAUAAUAAUUCAUAACGGAUCGAUCGUACAAUCAACAAAAGUAUCCUACAUAUUACGUUUAAACGUAAUUGCAACACAAACACUCCUUGAAUUAGCUAUGGAAUGUUCACAUUUAGAAGCAUUCGUAUAUGUUUCGACUGCAUUUUCUCAUCCUUAUAAGCAAAUCAUCGAAGAAAAAUUUUAUCCUAUAUAUGCGGGCAAUAUAAAAAUAAUCGAAGAUGUGAUACGAGCCGAUGAGGAGAAUGAAUCUGGAAUUACCAAUGAAGCACUACGCGAUAUUAUAACAGACUGGGUAAAUUUGUAUAUCUUUAGCAAAGCUUAUGCUGAAGAUUUAGUUUACAAUUUUGGCAAAAAAAAGUCGCUUCCUUGUGUUGUCUUCAGGCCUUCCAUGGUUGUAUGUACAAAUGAAAAGUUAGUUCCAUCAAAGAAUAAAAAUGGUCCAGUAAUGUUAGCGACAGCAAUAAGUCUAGGUUACAUACAUGUAUCAAAUCUAAAGAAGACUGAUACUAUGGAUCUAAUUCCAAUUGAUAUGACAGUUAAUAGUCUUUUGGCAAUGAUCUGGGAUUUCGUUGUUUAUAGGAAAAAAGAAGAACCACAACAAGUAUAUAAUUAUGGUUCUACUGAUUGGAAUCCCAUAACAGUAGAUUCGGCGUCAAAAAUGAUAUUUAAAGAAAUAGAAAAAAAUCCAUCAGAUAAUGUAAUUUGGAAACCAUAUUUAAUAUAUAUUCAAAAUAUUUAUCUUUUUUCGAUACUUAACAUACUAUUGAAUGUUAUUCCUAAUAUAUUGAUUGACUUAAUUUUAUUAAUUAGUAAAGGGGAACAACCACCAAUUAUGAGAACAAUUCACAAGCUGAAGAAACAUUAUUUCCCAUUUAUACAAAUCUUUAGGUCUAAUCAGAUUAUAAAAACAAAUAAAUUUAAAGAAUGUCUAACACGUAUGAAUACAACCGAUUUAAAAGAAUUUUCUUUUAAUUUAGCAACACUGAAUUGGAAUGAUAGCGUGGUUAAAUUAAUGACAUGUUGUCGAAAAGAAAUGAAUGAACCAAUAACUGCAAGUCCUGCUACAAAAAAAAAGUAUCAAAAUUUAGUAAAGUUACAUUUCAUUAUUUGUUCUUUACUUAUGCUGUUUUUAUUGUAUUUUUUCUAUAGAAUAUUGUCUAUUUUUUAUCAUUGCUGUCAUUGAUAUAAUAAAUAUAAGAUGAAGUUAUUA